UCCAAAACCUUACGAUGAAUUAUUUAACAAGUCACUAUAACAGACUGUAAAGCAUAACCAUCCAAAUGCACCCUCCACCUUCCGUCUAAAGAAUAAUGGAGAACCAUAAUUGUAUGUUGAUGCAAAACUAAACUAAAACUAAAUAUUAGUAUUACUUGUGUUCCACUUCACACAAGCUAAUUAUAAUCAAAACAAUUUUCCAUACAGCAAAGAAACUUUUGGAAUCAAAAGCUUCUCCCAACUAUUGCAUACUUGUAUUUAUUCAAGCACGCACUCCUCGUGUAUAAUCAGCGCAAAAUUAACACAUUAACCUCAAUAGCAAAAAACCAUGAAGGCGACGCCGUCCGCCGCCCUCCUCCGCAAGGGGCGGCUGUCGCCGUACCUCUUCACCCUAUUGGCCUUUAUUCUGUUCGUGACGAUCCUCUACGGUGAAGACUUCAGCUGCACCAUCGGCGGCCAAUUCGAGGACUACCGCCCCUACCGGAGCCUGUCGUCGGCAACAAAGAAGAAGGGAGAAAAGCUAGCUUUCGCGGUGGGAGAGGCGGAGAGCGGCUGCGACGUCUUCAGCGGGCGGUGGGUGUGGGACGAGACCCGCCCGCUGUACGAUGAGUCUGACUGUCCGUACAUCCAGCCGCAGCUGACGUGUCGGGAACACGGCCGCCCCGACACCGACUACCAGCACUGGCGAUGGCAGCCUCACGCCUGCUCUCUUCCAAGUUUCAACGCGACAUUAAUACUAGAAAGUCUGCGAGGCAAGAGAAUGAUGUUCGUGGGCGACUCUUUGAACCGGGGGCAGUUCGUCUCCAUGGUUUGCCUUGUUCACAAGCUUAUACCCGAUCACGCCAAAUCCAUGAUCACCAACGGUUCGCUAACGGUUUUCACUGCCAAGGAUUACAAUGCAACAAUUGAAUUCUACUGGGCGCCGUUUCUCAUGGAGUCCAACUCCGACGAUGCAAUCGUGCACAGAAUAAGCGACAGGUUGGUGCGAAAGGGCUCCAUCAACAAGCACGGCAAGUAUUGGAAAGGAGUCGAUAUAAUGGUGUUCAAUACCUAUCUGUGGUGGAUGACGGGGAUCAAGUUCAAGAUACUACAAGGAAGCUUUGACGAUGUAGACAAAGACAUAGCGGAGGUGCCAACGGAGGAAGCUUAUCGAAUGGCGAUGAAAAGCAUGGUGCGGUGGGCCAAGAAAAACAUGGAUCCCAGCAAGACGAGAGUCUUCUUCACGAGCAUGUCGCCUACACAUGCAAAGAGCGGAGAUUGGGGAGGGGAUGGAAAGGGAAACUGCUACAAUGAGACAAAUAUGAUUGAGGAUGCAAACUACUGGGGUUCAGACUGUCGGAAGAAUGUGAUGAACGUGAUAGGGGAAGUGUUUAGGAAGUCGAGGUAUCCGAUCACGUUCCUCAACAUCACGCAGCUGUCGAGCUACAGAAAGGAUGCACACACCUCCAUUUACAAGAAGCAAUGGGGCCCUUUGACGCCCGAGCAGCUGGCCAAUCCGGUGAGCUAUGCGGAUUGUGUGCAUUGGUGUCUGCCUGGCCUUCAAGAUACUUGGAAUGAACUUCUUUUUGCUAAACUUUUCUACCCUUGAUUUGUUUAAUUGUCCAAAAUCUAUGGAUGAUUUCAGGGAUUUUGUUUAAGUGUAAGCAAAAAAGGCAAUUUGUAUAUUGAUACUCUUGGACUCGGAAAGAAAUUAUAUUGAUUUUUUUACCAACAAA